AUGGCCAACAAAGCAAAACUUGAGGCUCUCCUAACUCUCAUUAACACAUCUGCACGAGAUGCCAUCGCUAUGUAUGAGCGGUACGGUGAUGUACCCACCAUUGACCAGAUGGAACCCCAUCCACUAGACGAUGCUGUCGACCAAAUUGCCUUGAAGAGUGCUAUUCGUACCCUUGAAGGUGCUUGUUCUCAGCUAUGCACGACACUUGCUCCACCUGCCCAUACUGCCAUUAACCUUGUCCAAGUGUACGAUUACGCUUGCAUACGAGUAGCUGUUCGGGAAAAUAUCACAAAUAUUCUGUUGGACUACCCUAAGGGUAUUCACGUCAACGAGCUCUCCAAAAUUAUCAACAUCGAGCCGAAGAAACUGGCCAGGAUGAUGCGUCUCCUAGCUACGCGAGGUUGCUACAACGAAGUUGAUACGGACGUUUUUGGCAACAACCGUCUGUCUCUAAUCCUUCACAGCGAGAACCCUGUCCGACACAUGGUAUCGCUUCAUGUGGAGGCAUGUGCCAAAGGAGCAUCAGUUUUCUAUGAGACUCUCAAAGACCCAAAGACUGCGUACUCGUAUGAACCGACGGAUGCGCCCAUCAUGUACAUCAACAACAAAGAGGGCAUCCAAGGAACGUUCUUCGACUGGAUGAGGGAGGAUGACAGUCGACGUGAGAGCUAUCAUCGCUCGAUGAGAGGUCUGAACGGCAUCAUGGGCUCGCUCGCUGUCCUGACUCAUUUCCCAUUCGAAAAAUACUCAACCGUCGUCGAUGUUGGAGGAGGUAUCGGCGCAUUUUCCCUGCCAUUGGCCAACAUGCACAAGAACGUGAAAAUUACAAUCCAUGAUCUUCCAGAGGCAUUGGUUCAGGCGAAAGGCAUUUGGGCGAGAGACUGCCCUGAAGCUGUGGCAGAAAACAGAGUCGAGUUCGAGGAGCUGAACUUCUUCGAACAAGUGCCCGUAAAGGGCAAGGACAUCUACUACCUCAGAAAUAUCAUUCACGACUGGCCUGACCACGAAUCUGCGCUCAUCCUCCACAAUGUUCGCCAGGCGCUGGGUCCAAACAGCCGCGUCCUUAUCCAUGACUAUGUGCUCCGCCAACUCAGCCGCAAGCAAGCAGCAGUUGAAGCUUCAAUGCUGGGAGCUGUUGUGGCUCCUGAACCCCUUCUUGCAAACUUUGGUGUUGGAAAUAUGCGUUCAUAUCAGCAAGACAUGUCCAUGCUGUUGUUACACAACGCGAAGGAGCGCACAUUGCAAGACUGUCUCACACUCUCCACUGCUGCUGGUCUGAAACUGGAGAAGGUCUGGGACCUUGCUGAAGCAUGUGUCUUGGAGUAUUCUGCCGCGUAA